UCCAACCACGUUACGCGACACGUAAAGUCAGGCUUGUUCGUCAUCGAUGCAGACAGGGCACGGCAUUUGCGGCGGAUCAGAGGGGGUAGGAUAAGUGGAUACAUUCCACGUCGCGACUCUGGAAACGUAUUUCCGUUCGAGUGAAAAAUGUGCGACACGAUAUGUGUACUUCGUAGGUUGCUAGGUAUCCCCGAUUAUUCAUAAUUAGUCGUUUCGCCAUUGUGGGGAAGUAUGCAAUAUGAGAAGUAAUCGCUAAGCAGAACUCCUUUAAACCGAUUAAUUAGUCCUUCAAGCAACGUCGUCUAUGGAAGGAUCCUGUCGUUUGCUCGUUUUUCCGUGUUUACGACACUUUAUUAAGCUUUAAUCAUCACUGCGAAUAUUUCUAUUCCAUUUUAAGGAUCUUAUAUUUAGUUGAAAAACAAAGUUUGCAGACCCCGUCGUUCGAUGAUCGAUGUUAUGUCUUGAGAUUGCAAGCAGUUUUUAAAUUAACAAGUCAAAAUGCCACGUAUAGAUCCAUUAUCAUUACUCAAAUGCCUCAGUGUCUUACUGGGGCCAAAUGGUGGGAUCAAGAGUAAAGAUGAAGUUGUUCGUGUGGCAAACCUCAUGUCCAAAUUUUCCAAAAAGUUGGUUUCAAAAUGUAUCUACAUCCAAAUCUUAAAGUGCACAGAUCCUGAGCUGCUGAAUCAGUUCAUGAGUGAAAAUGGCUGGAAUUUGAUACAUACAUGGCUUAAUGAUGGAAUCAAGGCAAAAAAUUGGGCUCUUAUCCAAGAACUAUUAGAGCUCAUAUUGCUAUGUCCAGUAAAUAUUGACAGGUUAAAAAGUAAUGAUUGUCCUAAAUUAAUUAAAGGACUGUCCAAGCAAGAAGUACAUCAAAAUGUUAGGAUAUUAGCAAGUCGAAUUGUAGAGCAGUGGUUAAAAAUGGUUAAAGGAGAAGCUAGUUCAUCAAAUAUUGGUCAUCUGCCAGCCAAUCCUACAUCUCCCAUACCACCAUCUUCUAUUUCACAAACUAAUCAGCCUUUACAAUUCAAUGCAAGUCUAUUAUCAGUUGCUAGUCAUCAGGUUGAUAGUGAAAGUGCUGUGACAGUCCAAUCAAGUGAUUCUCCAGAUCUAACAAGUUCUAUAAACAAUUCAUUGAUUGUACAACAAACAAUAAAAACAUCUCCUCAAAAAUCUCAACCCCCUACAUAUAUUAGUGUGCUUGAUAAACAACAAACUGUGUCAACAAGUAAUUCUACACCUUCUGUGUAUAGAAUUAUCAUACGUGAUGGUAAACAAGUUUUAUCUCAAGUUCAUACUGAUGCCUCAAAUAUAAACUCUAUUAGUGUAAAUAAAAUUAAUGAAAUUAAUGGUGAUGUAAUAAAUAAUGUGCUUCCUACAGAAGAUGAAAAAAGAGAUAAAAAUAAAAAAUCUUUUGUAGAAAGUGAAUUAAAUAAUGAUAGUGUCAGUAGUCAAGUAAAUGAAAUUGAUCCAGUUUUGAAAAACAAUGACAGUGAGGUAGCAGAGACAACAGUUAUUGGAUUGAAAAGUGGUGAUGAAACGGACAUUGUUAAAAACGAUGAUAAUAAAUCGAUUAGUGACAAAGAAAAUCACACUAAAAAAGAUGAUAAGAAGGGUUUGGAUAAGAAAAGUAGUUUGUCUUCUAGUAAAAGUUCAAGCAAGCAUAGCUCCAGUUCCAACAAACAUGGUUCUAGUUCUCAUCGUUCUAGUUCUCAUAGAUCCGCUUCGAAAAGCAGUAGCAGCAGUAGUAGCUCCAAAGAAAAGUCUUCCAGAGAUAAAGAUAAGCAUCAUUCUAGCUCUUCGAAAGGCUCUUCAAGUAGUAGUAGCAAGAGUAAGGCUGAGCGUGAUAAAGAAAAAGAAAAAGAAAAAUUGAAAAAAGACCAAGCUGAAAAAGAUAAGGCAACAUUAGAAAAACUUGCAAGUCAAACUUUGAGUACAAAAAUGGGCAAAAUUCCAAAGAAGAAAGCUGAUGAAGAAAAAUCAGGAGAGUCUCCUUCCAGAAAGUCUUCAACAGAUUCUAAAGAUAGCUUUAAAGAAAAUAAAGAAUCCAAAAAAAUUACAACGAUCCCUGAAAAGAAAAGCAUCUCCAUAUCUAUUGAAAAUAGAAAAAGUUCUCAAGAUCAAACUUCAAGGCCGAAAACAGUUAAAACUUUCAAUUCUAAAUUCAGAUCAACAGGUUUGGAAGAAGAAGUUAAACCUCCUCCUCCAAGAGGAGCCAAAAAGCCUAACAUUGUAGUAGAUAAGAAAGUAUUACAUUCAAAAUUGCUUCUAAAAAGGCCUUCACCAUUAAAAGAGACUGGUCCACUUGAUAAAAAAGCCAGGUUUUCAUUGGAUUCUCCUACAACACCACCAAGUGAUGAGAAAAAGGGAGGAAUCAAACUUAUUCCAGCAAAACCAAAGUUGAUGUUUUUGCAAGAAAGCGACAUGUUUAUGGACGCCCUCACGGCAUCUACAAAAAGUAAAGAGCCGAGGAAGAGAAAACGACGUACUUCUAUUUCGAAGGACGACAAACCCGACUCCAAAAAGUCGGAUAUUAAUAGUGGUGAAAAUAAUCGCGAUGUAUCAUCACCCCCGGCGUCACCAAUGUCACCAUCCGUCACCGCUCAAUCUGCAACUAAAGAAGCAGAAGAUAAAUCGCUUAUAGCUAUGAAGCCUACGUUCAAGUUUUAUCAAGAUACCUUGGAGACCGAUGAGGAAAAAGUUGAGACAAAAAAGAUAAAAAGUGAAGAUGAUGCCAAAGAAAUCGAUGUAGAUCAUGAAGAAAUCGGUAAAGAAAAAACAGAUGACACGAACAAAGACAGAAGUCGAACGCCAACUCCGGAAAACGACUUCGAUGAUAGGGCGAGUUCUGAUUCUGCUGAAGAUCCAGCAGCUGCUGUUAGUGAAGCUCUCAAGAAAGAAGAACAAGCUACAGUUGAAAACAAACCUAUUGGAGUAUUGAAAAGUGUGUUACUUUUACAAAAACGCAAAGGACCGAAGAAAAGUUUGAAAUGGAAAACCGAUUUAGAGUCCAUACGUUACUUUGAGUUGGAUGAGACUGAGCGAGUUAAUGUUACCAAAACAUUUACCGAUAUGAAGGCAAUGGAAAAAAUGAACGAAAGAGAAGCAUUCCAAAUGGCUCGGAAAUUAAACAGCGAAGAUAUCAUGGAAGAAAAGACUGUGUGGAAGCCAUUGAUUCCCAUAGAUCUGCCGGCCCCGCUCGUUGAACCUGGUAAAGACAGCCGAGAAAAGGACAUUCAGUAUGCGCGUGAAAAAGGGAUUCUUCAGGCACUAUACUUUCAUCGCAGCAUGAUACCGGACUCGGCAGCCGAACCAGACGAAGAGCGUCACCAAAUAGUCAUCGAACCCAAAGUCAUUCCGCUUGACGACCUUACUGGUAACAAGGAGAGCGAAAAAGACUUUUCUAAUGUUCCGUGGCCGGAACCGAAACCUCAAUUGCCUGCUCCAUCGACCAUCAUGCAAAACUCCUUCUUUCCGCCGUUCCGCACUAAUCAGCAGCAGACACAACAAAUGAUUCCACCAAUGGGAGCACAGCCCCCCUUGGUGUCGAUGGUUCAGCCAAUGAUGAAUUCGAUGAAUCAAGUCGCUCCUGAAAUGAUAAAUAAUAUGCAACCUACGACUGGUGGUGGCGGUGGCUGGAGAACUGGCGAUGGAAAAAUAGUUUCAGUGCCCGAUCCGGCAAUGACGCCCAUGGCCAACAUGCCCGCCAAUUAUCAGGGCAUCGACGGCACAUCGAUGGUUCCACCAAAUAUGAUGGGAGCACCUCCUCACAUGUACAACCAGGAGGGCUACAUGAUGGGAUCCGAUGAUAUGGGAUUCAAUAACUUCCAAGGCCCACCGGGUCCUGGAAUGUUCGGACCACCCGGCCCUGGAGGCCCGCCCGGUAGUCUUGGGGGGCCACCUGGUCCUCACUUCCAGGGUGGCCCCAGGGGACCGCCGAUGCAUGGAAACAGAGGCCGAGGCGCGCCCAACUGGUUUAGAGGCGGUCCUCCGAGGGGUAUGCCCUGGAGAGGAGGAGGUUGGAGGGGCUCUGGCAAGCAGCCACCAGUGUGUCGCCAGUUUUCCAAGAAUGGUUUUUGCCGCGUUGGCGACAAAUGCCAGUUUUUGCAUCCUGGCGUUAAUUGCCCGCCCCCAUAUCAUUAGUGCAGGCUUGUUAUGAACGCUAUUUUUACCAAGUGCAACUACGUAGCUGCGGGCAGCGGCAAGGUUGAACAAUACUUUAUUGUGAUAACGCGGUCUUCGGUAAAUACUGCGCCAUGCGGUAGUGUCAGUUUAUUAUACUGGUUCAACAAAUUCGGAUGAAGGACAAUUUUUUACUCUUUAGCGUUGCAAGAGAUGAUCGAGUCUUGUACAUUAAACGGAUCUCUAUGUUUCUACUACAAGUUAACGUUGUCAAAUAUACGAAGUGAAAUUGAGAAUCAAAUGGACAAUGGUAUUACGUUUAUACAUACUGUAAAUAUUACAACAGAAAAACUAUUGGUUAAUUUUAUAUUUUUAAAAAGCCACAUUUUAUUUGACGAUGUUGAGCCUUCUUGUAAAUAUCAUUGUACAAUUUUGUAAAGAAAUUCUAGUUAUAUCGUAAAAGAGACUGUUUUAUUAUGCCCUGAAUGUAAAAUAUACCGAUGCUUGUAGUAUAUUUAAGAAUUAAUAGGUAUGAAAUUUAUGAGAAAGUGCAUACUGACUUGAAAAAAAACAAGAAUAUUUGCAUUUCUUGUUAAAAUAUAUAAACGUUUUUUACAACUUAAUUAUAAAAAUCUUAAGUUUUGUACAUUAAUCAAAUCUUACGUUUGUAAUUAGAUUUUUUGUAAAUGAAAUACUGGAAAAGAAUACAG